AACUAACUGAUGCACGAUGAUUGUCACGCUUCUUUAUUUCGUCCUCUUCAGGUCUGCUGUUGUCGAGGGGGCCUGGAGUCUCUGGACUGAAGGCAGCGCCUCCGGAGAUCAGAGUGGAGAAUGCAUAUGUGAGGCUUUCCUGCCCAACAGCACAUUUCCAAUCGGAGCGCUCAUCUCGCUGGAGAGCACAGCAGUUGAGAUCAACCACAAACUGGAGAUAGAGAUUAGCAAGGUGGAGACUUACGAGGUUCAACUAAACAUCUAUAUAGCAAAGAUAACGAACCUGACAUUGCUGAUCAAGCUGAUGGAGGAUGACCCCGACUCCUACAGUGAGCUCCAAUUGGAGGAGGUGAACAUCAAGAUCAAGCAAGUGGAGGCUCUAAUUGUGGAGCUGCAGGCGUCUAUACAAACCACCUCUGCCGUGCUUAUAACCAUACGUGAACAGAUCAGUGUCAUUAUUUCUGUGCUUACUCAACUGGAGAUCACCUACGACAAGAACCUGGUUCUUGUGACACGUCGAGAAUAUUUAAUUCUUCAGAAGAAACUAGAGGCGUGUGAGAUACGCCAUAAUGAAAUCUUUAACCCCAACAUUGGAAUCUGCAAUCAUGGUGGAAUUAGAAGAAUCAGCAAACCCAUCAUCAGCCAACUCAAUGCAGACCUGAAUGGAGGUUUCAAGUAUGGAGGAUGGGGUAAAGACUCCAAGCCCUUGCCUGGCUCUGAGAACAUGUACUGGUACUACGGCUAUACUGACACUUUGGUCACUAAAAUCACACAGUACACUGACUACUACAAACUGAUCAUGAGACAGAGCUUUAAGACACAUGCGCUUUUCGUCAAAGGUCAAUAUGACUGGCAAGGCACUGGAAACAACUACAUUGUGCGAGGAAACACCCUGUACUAUCAGUUCAGAAGCUCUUUUGGUAUGGCAAAGUUCAACAUGACCAGUGUAAAGGCUCAGUUCAAGGCAAUUCCCAAGGCCAGCAGCAGAUUCUCAUAUCAUUACUCGGCCAACCAGAACCUGGACUUCGCAGCCGAUGAGUCCGGCCUGUGGGUAACUUAUGCCACAGAGGAUUCAAAGGGUAAACUGGUUUUAGGGAAGAUCAAUGAGGAGACAUUUGAGGUAGAGGAGGUUUGGCAGACCAGUAUUUUCAAACCAUCUGUAGGAAACACUUUCAUGGUGUGUGGGGUUCUGUAUGCCACAAGGUCUGUAGACACUAAAACUGAGGAGAUCUUUUACACCUUUGACACUCGCACAGAACAGGAAAGCUAUGUUAGUGUUCCCUUUGAGAAGUUCCAGGACUCCUAUGUUUACCUCGACUACAACCCCACUGAUCAGAAACUUUACAUGUACAACAAUGGUUAUUACAUCAGCUAUCAUGUUUGGUUCAACUAUGAGGACUCUAGAGAUAAACUCUUGAUUGGUGACUGACCUGAGAAUUAAGAGUAUAUUAUUCAGCUGUCAAACAGAACAGCAAUGAAUGUGCUGUAUUUCUCUUUGUGUAAUAAACUUUUAUGAGCAGCAUGA